AUGAGCACAGCAGUUAAAAAGUCAGACCCUCAAGCCGAGGGUAGUCACCUCAAAAACUUUGUUAACAAAAUCAUUGGUCAACCAGCUUCCUACUCCCAUAAACAAAAUUACACAUUUGGCAAGACUUUAGGUGCUGGAUCGUUUGGAAUAGUGAGGUAUGCUAGAAACAACGUCACUGGUGAAGAUGUAGCAAUGAAGAUAAUUUUGAAAAAGGCACUUAAAGGCAAUGAAGCAAUGGUGUUGGAGGAGAUUAAAUUGCUUGAGGAAUUGCACAAUCCACACAUUGUUGGGUUUAGAGAUUGGUUCGAAAGUAAGGACAAAUUCUACAUUGCUACCCAAUUGGCUACUGGUGGUGAAUUGUUCGAUCGAAUAGUUCAACAGGGGAGAUUUACUGAACAUGACGCAUCAUUGGUUAUAAUCCAAAUGUUGGAAGCAAUUCAAUACUUGCAUGAACGUGAUAUUGUUCAUCGUGAUAUCAAACCAGAGAAUGUAUUGUACUUGACACCCGAGUCAGACAGUCAAAUCGUGUUGGCUGAUUUUGGAAUUGCCAAACGAUUGCAAAACUCAAGUGAGAAAUUAAUGUCAUCGGCAGGGUCAUUUGGAUAUGCAGCACCAGAAGUCAUAUUAGGAACUGGGCAUGGUAAGCCAUGUGAUAUUUGGUCCUUGGGGGUUGUAACUUACACCAUUCUCUGUGGUUAUUCGCCAUUUAGAUCAGAGAAUGUUACGGAUUUUAUCAAUGAGGUGAAACACAAUAAUGCAGUUAUUUUCCAUGCAGAUUAUUGGAGAGAUGUCUCGAAAGAUGCUCGUAGAUUUAUCAUUAAAGCGUUGCAGUAUAAUCCUGACAACAGACCCACAGCUACUGAAUUAUUGAAUGACCCAUGGAUCGUGUCUAUUGCCAAGAAACACACCGAUGCUGAUUUACUACCACAAUUGAAGGAACGUUUCGAUGCCAAGGCCAAAUUCAGACAAGCUAUCGAGCUUGUUAAGUUGCACAAUAGGAUCAACAAAUUGAAGGAAAUGCAAACUGAGGAAGAUGAUGAUCCAACCGAGAUUAAUAUGUUCAAUGCUAAUGGGGAUUUACUGACAAGUCUGACUAAAAAAGCCGAUGGAGAUAAUGAUUCUAUUCAAGGCUCAGCUUUAAGUAACUGGCAAAAGUUUAAUGACUCGUUGAAAUCUGCAGAAGGUGAUGCUGAUCGAUCGAAAGUCUCGUUGUCUGAUACAACACCCAAGCUGAAGGAAAAUGCACCCAAGGCCACUGCAGUAGGCGAUGCAUUUGUGCAAUUGGUUCAUGCCGCUUCAAAGAACAAAGAUAGGGUAGAAAGUUAUAAGGAGAAAGAGUAA